UCAGCCGUUUUACAUGACACACACUCCCACGCACUGAUAUAGCCGUCAGUCCAGUUUUCUGACCCUGUUUUUGUUUCCUCACAGUAGCAGAGUAGGAAAUCUCAUUUCAUCUCAAACAUUCUGCGCAAGGUGUGAUAGAGAUCUGUUUUGUGUUGUGGCUCCUGAAGCUGAAGUGUGGACUGACUUGUAAACACCUGACCUGGAGUUUGAGGGAAGAUCGAAAGAUUCUGGGCUCAUCUUCACAAGAAUAAGACUUUCCGGUUUCUGUGAGGCCUCAGCAUCUCCACCAUGCCUGUCGCUUAUAGGAAUCAGCACUAUGCUGAGCUGAAGAAGCAUCACAACAAAGAGAAUCUGUUUGAAGAUCCAGAGUUCCCAGCCACCAAUUCAUCUAUUUAUUACAAGGACCCCCCUGAAGGAGUUGAAGUUGUGGAGUGGAAACGACCCGGAGAAAUAUGUGAAAACCCACACCUCUUUGUAGAGGGCAUCAGCUCUCAUGACUUGAACCAGGGAAGUGAGGGAAACUGCUGGAUGGUUGCUGCCUGUGCCUGCCUGGCUUUAAAAUCAGACCUCUGGAAGAAGGUAAUUCCUGACUGGAAGGAGCAGGAGUGGGAUUCAAACUAUGCUGGGAUUUUCCAUUUCCGGUUCUGGAUCUUCGGUGAGUGGAUAGACGUGGUGAUAGACGACCGGCUGCCGACAAGCAACGGAGAGCUCAUCUACUGUCAGUCAAAACAAAACAAUGAGUUCUGGAGCGCCCUGCUGGAGAAAGCCUACGCCAAGCUCUUUGGCUGCUAUGAGUCCCUGGAUGGAGGCAACACUGGAGAUGCUGUGGUGGAUUUCAGUGGAGCCGUGGCGGAAGCCAUCGACCUGCAGGAAGAGAAAUACUACACAGAUAAAAAAACACAAGAUAAGUUGUUUGAUAAUCUUCUCAAGGUGUGGGAACACAAUGGAAUCAUCAGCUCCUCCAUCAAUCCGCAAGGAUUUGAACUUGAGUCAAGGACGGAUAACGGGCUGGUGCGAGGCCAUGCGUACUCGGUAACUGACGUGAAACGAGUGCAGUUGAGUCACGGGCUGCGGGCCUACUUCAAGAAUGACACCAUUCCACUCAUCCGCCUGAGAAAUCCCUGGGGUAAAAUUGAGUGGACAGGAGCGUGGAGUGACAGUUCUGUAGAAUGGUCAAAGAUCGGUGACGCAGAAAGAGGCAAUCUUGGCAUCACAGUGGCAGACGAUGGAGAGUUUUGGAUGUCAUUCACAGACUGGUGCAAGAACUUCACUGAUGCGGAUAUUUGCCAUCUAAUGAACACCUCACUGAUCAGCACUGAGAAGAACUGGAAUGAGGCAGUGAACUUUGGGAAAUGGACUCGACACAGCAACCCCCUGCUGAACCGCUGCGGCGGUUGUAUUAACAACAAGGAGACAUUUCUGCAGAACCCGCAGUACUUGUUUGAUGUCACCAAAGAAUCUGACGAGGUCCUGAUCUCACUGCAGCAGAAAGACAGAAGGAUCUACAGGAAAGAAGGUCAAGGAGACAAUCUAGACAUCGGCUUCAGGGUUGUAAAGGUGGAGGUGAACCGGAAGUAUCGCCUGCACAACAUGGAGACGCUAAAAAGUAUGCACAAGUCCACCUUCCUACCUGCUCGGAUGGUGUUCAUGAGAUGUGAGAUGCCAAAGGGCCGAUAUGUCGUCAUCCCGACCACCUUCGAUGCUUUCAUAGAAGGAGAGUUCAUGCUCCGUCUUUACACGGACGUGGACUCCGGCUGCCGGGAGCUAGUGAAGGACAAACCACAGACUAAAUGUUGGACUCCGCUUUUUGGAUAUCCUCAAGUCGUUACCCACAUAUAUGUGGACAGAGCUGAAAUCGGUCAGCAAGGAGACCAGGCAGAGGGCAUAAACCCAUAUUUGAUCAUUUCCUGCGAGAGCCAAUCAGUGAAGUCCAUCGCCCAGAAGAACUCUUUGAUGCCGGCGUUUCAAUUUAGCGCCAUUUUCUUCAGGAAGAAGGUCAGAGAGCCCCUAACAGUGCAGUUGUGGAGCGAUGACCUUGGAUCGGACAAAUUCUUAGGGCAGGUCACGCUGUCCGGGAGGCCUGAUGACGUCUCUCACCCUCAGCAGCUCCAGCUGAAGAAUAAAGGCAGUAAGGAGGCGGACAAUAUGCCCGGAAAAAUCGCCCUGAGGAUCCUCACUUCAGACGAGCUGACGGCCUUAUAAUGAGACGGCGCCUUCAUCAACAUUUAAAACAUACAGUAUCUUUGUGUGUUGUCAAUGAACCAAAACAGCUCAAGCACUGUCCACGUUGAGUUAAUUUUUUAGAAAGUUAGGAGGAAACAAGAUGAUUCUGACCAGAUUUUGGGUUCAUUUUUUGAUUUCUUAUUAUUCUUAUUAAACAUGAGUAACCUUACUUUUAAAAUCGCAGCAAGAUGUAGAGAAACUCCACUAUUAGUUUAUAAAUCUAGAACAAACUUAGGAAGUACCACCAACUUUAUAGAAUCAGACAUGGAGAAUCAACAUUUAGCUUUAUAUUGUGCAAAUCUAGAACUCAACCUAGAACAACUGGAACCAACAUUUAGUUUUGGACCUCACUAAUCUUAAAAAAACAUGGAGAACCAACAUCUAUUUUUAUCAGAACAAGAAUCCAGAGAAAUCCCUACCAGUUUAUAUGGACGACUUAUUCUUACUCUUAUUAAACAUGGAGCCAAUAUGUAAUUUUAUACUUUUAAAUUUUUGUCUUUCUUUUGGUUUUGUUUGCAUUUCCUUCUAAUUCAUGUAAAGCACUUUGAACUGCCUUGAUGCUGAAAAUGUGAUAUAAAAAAUACUUUACCUUCUUUUUAUAAACAUGUUCUAGUUUGACUACUAUGUAUUUUUGGGAAUAAUUUCUUCAUGAAACUAUACUGUGAAUAAAACUGAAGUCAGUGACAUUAAAACUUGAUGCAAAUACGCCAUUACCCAUUAAAAAAUAUGCAUGCACCAUCUUUUGUAUCGCUUUUACCAACAAAGCAGGUGAUGCUUUGUUGGUAAAAUUAUGCAAGUAUGACAACUUAAAAAUAAAUGUAUUCUCCAGA